AUGGGAAUAUCAAUGGGUUUAGGGAAUAUCAACGUCUUCAAAAAGGUUUGGGUUGCGAUCUUUUUCAUAAUAAUAUGGUCAGUGUGGAAGGAGCGAAACAAUCGUAUCUUUCAGCAGUCUGUCAUAUCCACGCAUCACAUUAAAGACCUAAUCCUUUUCCGGCUUGGAUGGUGGAUAAAAGGAUGGGAUACACACUUCCCGUACAGUUCGGAAGAGGUUAUUAGAAACCCUCAAUGCCUCCAAUGGAGAUCAACGAAGGCUUACCAUCCCAAAUUAACGGCAGAUCCUCUUGCUUUCCAAUGGGAACCUCCACAAAGUGGUCACCUCAAAUGGAACGUUGACGCCUCUCUCCAACCGACCCUCAACAAAACCUCCAUAGGAGGCGUGCUCAGGGACUCUGAUGGAAACUUCUUAUGUCUCUUCUCCUCUCCAAUCCCCCACAUGGAGAUAAACAUUGCGGAAAUAUUCGCAAUCCACAAGGCAUUAAAAAUCACACAAGGCAGCAACAAAUUCAAGAACUCAAGGCUCAUCAUCGAGUCUGACUCAGCAAACGCAGUGAAGUGGUGUAAUGAGAAAAACGGUGGCCCAUGGAACAUUCAGUUUGUUCUAAAUUUCAUUAGGAACAUAUCAACCUCCGGGAUACAAGUAUCAAUUCACCAUAGAGGAAGAGAAUCGAAUGGCAUAGCAGAUGGGCUUGCAAAACAAGGGCUCAUUAGGAGGGACGAUUUCAUCGCUUGGGUUUAG